AUGAAAACGGUUGAUGAUGAUGUGGAAAUGAGUAAUGGUGUUGUAUCACAACGAAAUUUACUGUAUGAGUCUCAUCUUUGCUUUAAUAAGAGUCUCUUCAGCAGAGCAAAUUUCAGCGUUGAGCGAUUUGUAAAUUUGGUUCGACGACGUGCCAGUCUUGAGCAAAUCCAUAAUGAUUUGAAAAUUUAUCUAAAAAUUGUGCAGAAUUCGAUGAUUGAACUCAUUAAUGAUGAUUACGCAGAUUUUGUAAAUUUAUCAUCAAAUCUUGUUGGAUUGAAGGAAACGAUCGAUAAAUUAGCCAAAGAUAUCGAAGUAACAUGGCUCAAUUUUUGUAGCAGUACAGAAAGUGUCAGACAGUCUGCUGAGCUUGUUGAACAAAAGGUUUCCAGUCUCAUUGCAUGUCGACAAGCUCAAUUUGAAAUUCGAGCACAGAUUGCUCUUAUUAUAUCGAUUGAGCGAUUAUCUGAUUUAAUUGCCUGCUGUCCAGAAGAAAUAGAGGAAUUUUGGUUACAAAGUUUCACUGACUCGAUUGUGGACAUGAUUUUGUGGUUCAAUAAAGUGAAGGAUAUUGACGAAAAGGUUGAAGCUGCUUAUCAUACGUGCUUAGCUCAUGUUGGUGAAUUGGCAGGAAGAUGGCUUGUGCAAGAUCUUAAAGGUGAUUGCCUUUUUGCUGAGCAAAUUCUUGACGUCAUCAGUUUGAAGAAUGAUAUCGAUACCGCUGUUUCUCGUGUGAUGACCGAAGUUAUUGAUGAAAAACUUAGUGAACCAAAAGAAAAUCUGGAAGACUUUUUAAAUGAAAUAUAUGAAAGCAUUCUGAAGCUUCGAAAUGAUUGGGAACAAAGAUCGAAAACUGGUGGUAAAGAUUUUGCUAAAAUCGCUCCUUUUCUUGAUAAAUGUCUGCUCACUUGGAUCGUGUCCGCUCUCGAUCAGCACUUUGGUUCUGUUAUUGUUCCCAGUGACAGUCAUCUUUUUCAUCGCUGUUAUACAAAAACGAUCAAUUUUAUCAGUAAUUGGCCGAGUGAUACUCAUGUACGCACGAUUUUGCGUAUGAUACGUGAUAAAUUCAGUUUGGUGGUAUACUUCAAGCUAGUAACGCAACACUUUAUAACUCAAAUGAAUGAGCAAUGUGAUCCAUCCUCUUUGAAUCCCAUUAUCGAUAAAGAAAGUGAAGGAAAGAAGAAGACAAUGUUUUAUGGAUUUUCUAAAAUUGUUGUCCACGCAUGUGAUAGGAUUUGGUCUGAUGAAGUGUAUCUUCCGACACUGGUUGACAAAUCAUGGGAUUUUUUUCUUAAAGUUCUUGUGAGAUAUUUGGAGUGGAUCGAUAACAUAAAAAAGUGUUAUUGGACUGAUGGGAAAGCACUAGAAGAUUCGGAAGUUUGGCGGAUAUUAUGCGCUUUAUGUGCUGAUUGUAUGUUUGUUGACAGUCAGUUUUUCGAAAUUGCUUUAACAUCAAUUUGGCCUAAAAUUCGCGCACAUGAAUUGGAAGUUACACCUUUUGGACAAUGUUUAUCUACUUUUUCAUCAAAUUUAGCUGAAAAAAUAAAGGAACUGGAAGAAAUCAUCGUUGCUGAUUUUAUGUCAGUACUGACAAAAAUUUUAGAUGGUGUUUGUGGAAUACCUCGCCAGUAUCGUUGGACCAAAAAACCUGCACCUACUGAAGUAUCUCAUUACGUCGUUGAAACCUCUGCUGCAAUUAAAUCCUGCAAGGAUGAGAUGGAACGUUGUUGUUGGAGCGAAGAAAAUAUAACAAGUGUUUAUAAGCGAAUAUUCAGUGAAUCGGUCAAAAUCUUUUCUUUGAAAACCAAACAGGUUUUAGAAUCUGUCGAGCAAACAGAGACAAGUUUGCAACGUUUCAAACGGAAAUCACUAAUUUCAAAUGAGAAUAAUAUAGAUUCUGAUGAAAGUAAAAUAAGGCGGCAGUUGUUAUUAGAUUUAGAGUAUUUCAAAGAUUGGGCAGCAUCGUGUGAAGUCGAAUUUUCUGAUAUAGAAUCGAUAAUGCUGCGUGCUGAUCCUUCUGGAGAAACAUCUUCAGUAUUAGAUCCUGUUUGUCAAGUACUAAAUAUGACACAUAUCCAGGAAAAGCAAGAGGAAUAA